GAUGAUGUUGGUGGGGUGGGAAUUAGUUUUGUUUUUUAAAUCAUGUCAAUGUGUGGAAAUCGCUUAAAAUCAGAAAAAUGAGGGCAGAUGGCAUGUGUUUUGCAGUUCAUAAAAUCAGAAAAAAAAAAUGAAUGAUCAUACCAGAGAUAGUCAAUUCAGAUAAAUCAGACAACCAGAUCAUCCACUUUGCAGUUUGCACACUAACACUAUAUAGUACGAGUUGAGACUGACUGAGAUGCGAUUAGGAGUCUUUUCAUCGGACUCUUAAUUUUAUCGUCGUUCUCGGGCGGCUUUUGGACGUACGGUGGUGAGACAGUGAGAGAGAGCGAGAUAGAGAAGAUGACCGGAGGAGGUUUCACCGUUGACAGUAAUGGCUACGGUGUUAAUGCUCGUCUGACUGCAUCAGUGGUGAUAACUUGCAUCGUUGCUGCUUCAGGUGGCUUGAUCUUUGGGUACGAUAUUGGGAUUUCAGGGGGUGUGACGACGAUGGUACCGUUUCUAAAAAAGUUCUUUCCUUCAAUACUAAGGAGGAUCGAAAAUGCCAAGAAUAAUACAUACUGCAUUUAUGAUAGCCAGGUUCUCACAGCAUUUACAUCUUCAUUGUACAUAGCUGGUCUGGUCGCAUCUCUCUUUGCUGGCCGCCUCACCAGAGCCAUUGGUCACAAAUCCAUCAUGGUAUUAGGAGGUUUUACCUUCUUAGUAGGUGCAGCCAUCAAUGGUGCUGCCUUCAAUGUCGAAAUGCUGAUUUUGGGCCGCAUCUUGCUCGGUUUUGGUGUUGGCUUUACUAACCAGGUAAGUGGGAUCUACCUAUCUGAAACGGCACCAUCAAAAUGGCGUGGAGCAUUCAACACAGGCUUCCAGUUGUUCAUAGGCAUUGGCGUCCUGUCAGCCUAUGUCUUCAACUUCUUCUCCGCCAAGCUCUACUGGGGCUGGCGCCUCUCCCUUGGCCUUGCAGCUGCACCUGCCAUAAUCAUGGGGCUAUGUGCCCUCCUCAUAUCCGACACCCCAAGUAGCCUUGUGCAGCGUGGCAAACUCGAAGAAGCCAGGAGAUCACUGCUUCGAAUCCGAGGAGUGGAGUCGGACAUUGAAGCCGAACUAAACGAUCUUGUGAAGGCAAGCGAAGCCACAAGUGCUGUAAACGAAGAUCCAUUCAAGUCCAUCUUUGAGAGGCAGUACCGGCCCCACCUCGUCAUGGCGGUGGCCAUACCUUUCUUUCAACAGCUGACGGGAAUUAAUAUUAUUGCGUUUUAUGCGCCUGUCCUCUUUCAAUCGGUUGGCUUUGGCAGCGACUCUGCUCUCUUAUCAGCCAUCAUUCUAGGCUCCGUCAAUCUCACCUCAAUCCUUGUAUCCACCUUCAUAGUUGAUCGGUAUGGUAGAAAAAUUUUGUUCAUGGAGGGCGGGAUCCAGAUGGUCGUCUGCCAGGUGGCCAUUGCUUGCGUAAUAGGAGCCACGUUGGGGGUUUCUGCAAAUGAAUCCACGUCCAAAGGCUACUCCAUUUUGGUACUGGUGCUCAUGUGUAUCUACGCGGCUGCAUUUGGGUGGUCAUGGGGUCCUCUUAGCUGGCUCAUACCCAGCGAAAUAUUUCCAAUGAGAAUACGUCCCGCCGGUCAGAGUAUAAGUGUUGCCGUCAACUUCGUGACGACCUUCAUUCUAUCUCAGACAUUCCUGACUAUGCUAUGCCACUUCAAGUAUGGCACAUUUUUAUUCUACGCCGGAUGGAUCACUGUGAUGACAAUUUUUGUUGCUCUCUUCCUUCCUGAGACCAAAGGAGUGCCGCUUGAGUCCAUGCACAAGGUCUGGGAACAGCAUUGGUUCUGGCAUAGGUUUGUUAGCCGGGCCCCACCGUCCGACUUACAAAAACCGACAGAUUGAUCAGUCACUCAGUCUUUAUUUAACACGUUUCAGGCAGCAUUGAAGGUUUAGUAUGAAGGAUUUGUAGGAUUUGUACGCAUUUGUAGAGCAAAUUUAGAGUUCACAAACCAAGAGAUCUCCUCUCCUUUCUUCUAAGUUUUUUUUGGGAAAUAUAAGACUAGUGAUUGGUUGGAGUUCACAUAGAAUACAUUAUUGGGUAAAUUACAAAGACCCACUUCACUUGUAUUAUGGGGUUAGUGACAAAUGCCCCCUAGUUGUUAAGUCGGAUGAUGGAAUGUGUUAAGGUACCGAAAUGCCCAUCUGAUCUUUUUUUUUAUUUUCUUUUCAUUGCCCUGUUCUCUUAAAAUCUAGUUUAAUUUAAGUCUCGUUUGACGUGUCUUUUUGAGAA